GAUACUUGCGUUCUGGAUAGAUAUUAUAUAUGGGAUCAUCAAGCGGAAAAACAACAACGCUGCUACUUGUAAAUCAAGGAAAAGAAUCAAUCAAGAACCAAAUAAAUCGAUCAGGAUGAACGGUGUGUUCGUCGUCGACGAACACUCAAGGAAGGUAACCUUAGCGCGAGAUCUCCUGGCACCCUUCAUCGCCGCCACCGCCACAGGUAGGUACCGUCACGACGACGGCCUCCAUUGCCGCUGCGUCCUGCUCCGGGAUCUCGACCAGUCGACCAAGAUCGACGACCUGAGCGCCCACGUGGCGGCGGCGACCGGCGAAGCCAUCGAGGCCGUCGCCCUGUGCAACCUCUGGCAGUGCGCCGUCGUCGUCUUCAGGAAAGAAGCCAGCGUCGCCAUCGCCGUCAAGACGACAACGACGCUCGGCCGCUGCAACGAGGUCGGGCCUCUCUACAACGCCACGAUCCGCUCCAUCCGUCCCCAACUCGUCGAGGUCGUUAUAUAUCCAUCUACUCCGUCAGGUGCAGUGAUGAGGCUAACUCCAACAUGCACACAAUAUGCACCGGCCGACACGAGGUUCGAACAAGACAUCCAAACUAUACACUGCAAGGCCAAUGGAUCUUACGACAACUUUCAUCCCACACAAUAUCCUGAGCCACCGGCCGGCACCACGGCUACUGGAUCUUUCGACCAGCUUCAUCCUGAUGAGAUUCCGAGUCAUACCGGCACCACUUCUGAAGUCAACAUACAAUCUGAAUCCCCUCGUGAUUCCUCCUCGCAGACAGAUUAGGCACUAGUAGAUUCGUUUUUAAAGUUUUAUCCUUUAUAUAUACAUACAGCUUGACUCUUGUGCUUUUUUUCCUUACUUUCUGCUAUCCUAUCUAGUGAGCUAUCUGAAAUAUAAGUCAUUGUUUUCCGGGUCGGUCUGAUCUUGAUAGUACAAUUGUACGAGUCGUCAUAUGAACAUAAAAUUGUCGAAGAUAGAGAGAUCAAAUUGAUCUUACUGCAGUCGAGAAAAUCUGCUAGCUUCCACACCGUGGUUUUCUCUUGGAUAUACCCA